AAUAAAGCUGUGGCCAUUGCCCUUACCCAUAUCAAGUGUUAUUGUGUCUUUAUUGGGCAAUGGGUGGUUGGGGGUAUUCUGUUCAUCACUCAUGUCUGCAGUCAUUUCCACAAAACUAUACAUCAGGCUAUGUUUAAAGAGAACUUGGGGAGAAACCUUUGGGCUUAAACAGCUCGUGAACAGUUUAACCCGUAAAGGUUGAGUCGUUGGUUCUAUCGCCCCCUCCUCCACCAAUAAAUAACACUGUGAUCCUCCCAGAAAUAUUAAGAACUUGGAACACUCCGCAUCGACUCGGAGCAAGAAGUAUCAGUUGGGGAUGGAUCUCAGCCUUCUACUUGACAAGUGGAAGCAGGUGCUUUCUGAGCAUAACUGGCAGUGGAAAGUCCUUGCUACCGUAGGAUGCAUCUUGGUUGCCACCAUUUAUGGUCCAAAAUGGAACAGGAAGAGGAGAUUUCUCAAGAAAGUGAAACAGGAGAGAGAAAGGAGAGCGAAAAGUGUGCAGUUCAUGGAAGGAAAAGUUACGAAGUUCAAGAAACAGGGUUCCGGAGCAGAUUGUAGAAGAAUUCUAAACAUGUCUUUGCCUGAACUUGUAAAGGAAUUGCACGAUGGAUCUGUUCCCGUGGAAAGCGUUCUGUACUCCUAUGUUAACAAGGCUCUAGAAUUGGACAAAGAUCUCAAUUGCGUGACUGUUUUUCUCACCGAUUGUGAAGCUCAAAUCGAGGAGUUAAAAAGGAUAAAAACAAAAGGUCCAUUGUAUGGUGUGCCCAUCUCUAUAAAAGAACACAUUGGUUAUAAGGGACAUCCCUCCACAUGCGGCCUGGCGCAAUACAUUGAUGAGCUUGAGACUGAGGACAGUGUCCUUGUUAAAGUUUUGAAGAAACAAGGCGCGAUUGUGUUUGCCAAGACUAAUGUACCACAGACUUUAAUAUGCUAUGAGAGCAGCAACCCAAUAUAUGGGUUAACCUGCAAUCCACACAACCAAUCGAAGGGCUCCGCUGGCUCUACGGGUGGUGAGGGAGCACUGAUUGGAGGAGGAGGGUCCGUCUUGGGAUUUGGCACGGAUCUUGGUGGAAGUAUUCGUUUGCCAUCCAGCUUCUGUGGAAUAACCGGGUUUAAACCAACACCAAACAGACUAAGUACUCUUGGUAUUCGUCCCUGCAUUGACGGCCUCCGAUCAGUUUUGCUCUGUGUUGGACCCAUGGCCAGAGAUGUGGACAGCCUGGUUCUGUGCAUGAAGGCUGUUCUUUGUGAUGAGAUGUUCAAGCUGGACCCAACAGUACCACCUCUUCCUUUCAAUGACAAGGUCUACACCGAAUCCAAGCCCCUACGUGUGGGGUACUACGAGACCGAUGGCUUUACAUUGCCAAAUCCUGGUAUGAGACGAGCAGUAUUAGAAAUCAAAUCUCUCCUGGAGGCGGCAGGACACACUCUUGUCCCAUUCACCCCUCCUCGACUUGAUUAUGUGAAAUAUGAAUUGUUCCUUAAAGCCAUGCUGGGUGAUGGAGGGAAAACAUUAAAGGAAAAACUAGACCAGAACAUUUGUGACCCAAAUCUUAAAGAUCUGAACAUAGUUGUCAGCACCCCAGGAUUUCUGAAAAAGCUUUUGUCAUUUGUCCUAUGGCCCUUGUACCCAAGGAUCUCAAAGUUCAUUAAUGCAACACGAGGCGCAAGCUCCGUGAAAGACCACUGGCAUCAUCAAACUGCAUUGCAGGAAUACCAGACUGAAUUCAUUGCGGAGUGGAGAAAGCUGGACCUAGAUGUCAUUCUCUGUCCUAUGUUGGGACCAGCCUUUAAUAUUGGAUAUGCAAAAAGUCUGCUAGUCGCCAUUUCAACCACCAUGUUGUACAAUGUACUGCAGUUCCCAGCGGGAGUUGUCACUGUGACCUCUGUCACCGAGGAAGAUGAGGCUGAACUGAAGAACUACAAGGGCCACUAUAAUGAUCCUUUUGACAGGCUCUUUAAAGAGGCUGUAUCGGGAGGAGUGGGACUUCCUCUGUCUGUGCAAUGUGCGGCUCUGCCGUAUCAGGAUGAACUGUGCCUGCGCUUCAUGAAAGAGGUGGAGACCCUGAACAGAGCCCACAAAAACAUCAAAUAAAAUGUUUUGUGUCCGAAUGACUUUAACGAGACCAUACAGUACUGCUAACCAUGAAUUGUCUAAUAAAGCAAAUAUGGAAAAUC